AACUACGGUCACAUGACAAAACACUUUCAUCAGAAGAAAUUAAAUUGACCAGAAACUGUUUUAGUGUUCAUAAGCUCAAGAAAAUUAUGUCCGAGGAAGUCGAAGCUGGUUUCAACACAUCUCUAUACGUAGCCGUGCCCUUGGUUACUGGCUUCUGGCUGAUUGUGGCUGCUGUUGGACUCAUUUUGCCGUUUUUCUUGAAGAAUAACAAGAACAGGGGUGUGAUUGGAGUCUCGAUUGUUCUCACGGCGAUAUGCUGCUACACAUUCUGGCUGCUUGCUUUCCUCACUCAGCUCAACCCACUAAUGGGGCCGAAUGUAGAAACAAAUGUGGCCGCUCACAUACGAAGGGCCUGGGGUGGACUUGGUGAUGAGGAUAACAGUGAAUACCCAUGUUUUCCAAACUGGUAGUUAUAAAAAGUGACUUUCAAGAUAAUGUGUAUUGUGUUCAGUUCUCUGUGUGGUAUAUAUAUAGUCAUUGCACUCGCUGUUUGUGCGUGUUUAAUAUUCGCAUAAUUGUAACAAUUAACCAGUUCAUCCAUCGUGAA